CUGUUGCAGUAUGUAAAUCGUACCCUGACCAUGAAUCGACACUAUUCUCUCUGUUUUUAAAUAUUGAAAUUCUGACCUUGAAGGCGGCUACAAAGCAGCGUCCACCUGCUGCGAGUUUCAGUACUUGUCGAGGACGAUCACCAGCGAGCAGCCGAGGAAGGAACAUUGAUAGAUAGGAAGUUGAUAGAAGUCUCAUCCAACAGAGCGACGAUGCUGAGUCUGUUUCUGCUCAUUCUGCUGAUGGGUGGGUUCUCUCUCUUCACGUGUGAUCUCUAUGAGUACAAAUUCAUUAACAUAAGUAAGACGUGGACAAAUGCUCAGAAUUACUGUCGAGAGCAUCACACAGACCUGGCCACAGUGUACAACAUGACGGACAUCAAGAGACUGAAUCUUUCUGAAGGGUAUAAACAUCAAGACAGCUGGAUUGGGCUCAGCAGAAAGAAGAACAGGACGUGGCACUGGUCUCUGCCUGGAGUGGAGUAUAAUGAAACUCAAUUGAAUUUGGCUGAUGUUGAACAUUGUGUGACGAUUGACAAAGACAACAACAAAAAUACAAAGCACUGUAGCGAUUGCAAGUUCCCAUUUUUCUGCUAUAACGAACGAAACCAAACAGUCAUCCCAAUAAAUUAUACAUUGAACUGGUACAAUGCCCAGAAAUACUGUAGAGCAAACUACACAGACCUCGUCAGUGGACACGAUCAGUUAAAAAACUUAACAUUCAAUCCGAGUUAUCAACACUUCUGGAUUGGCCUCUUCAAAAAUCUUUGGCAGUGGUCAGAUGGACGGACUUUCUCUUUUAGACACUGGCGUUGUCCCUGCGGUGAAAUUGGUAAUAACCGGAACUGUGCUUACAUGACUCAGUCAGGAGAAUGGAUGUGUGAUGAAUGCAAAAACAACAAAACCUUCUUCUGCUACGAAGAUAAGUUGACCCUAGUGGAGAGCAAGGAGACCAAGGAGACCAAAACCUGGCAGGAGGCCUUGGAUCACUGCAGAGACAAAUAUGAGGACAUGGUUUCCAUCACUAACCUCCACGACCAGAGGUGGGUCCAAAAGCGAGUUGACGAAGCCGACACAGACUACAUCUGGCUGGGACUGCGCUACACCUGCACUCUGGGGUUCUGGUUCUGGGUCACCGGUGAGGACCUGACCUAUGAAAACUGGGCCCCGGAUUUAGACGCUGACGUUUGUCACACUGCUGUAGCCAUGAAGAAAGGAAAUGGCCAUCAGUGGUUUCGUAUGCCUGAUGAGGACAAGUUCAAUGUCAUCUGUGUCAAAAAACGUUAAGCUUUUAAAAGCUUUUUCCACAUUUUGUAAGAUUUUAUAACGUAUUGCAGUGGUUUAAUACAAAAUGUGGUCGUUCAUAUAUGUUACUGGGCACAGAUGUAAUCUAUAAUAUUUGUCUGUUGUUGUUUUUGUCCACUUUGCUUUACAUGAUUACAUGUGUUUCUGUCUCCUGACAUUUCAGUGCACCAAUGUUUGAGUCAGUGUAAAACACUCACAUACACGUUCCUCUGUUGUUGAAUACAAUUACACUUGGUGUACUUAUUUAAUCACCUUAAAUAACAGUUUUUCUAUUAUUCUUAGUCAAGACUCAUGCUAGAAUAGUGCCGAUAAAUGUGAGAAAUUGUUGUAUUGUUAUUGUGAGAAUUGUUUUUAGUGGAUUUUUACGCAGCGUGCCUAAUUAUUUGUUACAUUUCUGUUUAAAACAUACACAGCGUACACAAGUGUGUCGUGACAAAAGGUGGCAACAUCGAUCACAUUUUCAAAUAACGAGUUACAUAUGGUGGCUUUACAAUUUGUCUGUGCAUCACAUGAUCAUACCAAGGUGU